AUGACCAUUCGUUCACCGGAACCAGAAGUAAAGAUCAUAGUGGAUAGGGAUCCUGUUAAAACCUCUUUUGAAAAAUGGGCUAAACCCGGUCAUUUCUCAAAGACACUAGCCAAGGGACCUAAUACUACCACCUGGAUCUGGAACCUACAUGCUGAUGCUCACGAUUUUGAUAGCCAUACCAAUAAUUUGGAAGAGAUCUCCCGCAAAGUAUUUAGUGCUCAUUUUGGUCAAUUAGCAAUAAUAUUUAUUUGGCUAAGUGGGAUGUACUUUCACGGCGCUCGCUUCUCCAAUUAUGAAGCAUGGCUAGGCGAUCCUACUCACAUUAAACCCAGUGCUCAGGUAGUUUGGCCGAUAGUAGGCCAAGAAAUUUUGAAUGGAGAUGUGGGUGGAGGUUUUCGAGGAAUACAAAUAACCUCUGGGUUCUUCCAGAUUUGGCGAGCAUCCGGAAUAACUAGUGAAUUGCAACUUUACUGCACCGCAAUUGGUGCAUUGAUCUUUGCAGCGUUAAUGCUUUUUGCUGGUUGGUUCCAUUAUCACAAAGCUGCUCCAAAAUUGACUUGGUUCCAAGAUGUAGAAUCCAUGUUGAACCACCAUUUAGCAGGGUUACUAGGACUUGGCUCUCUAUCUUGGGCAGGACACCAAAUACACGUUUCUUUACCUAUUAAUCAACUCUUAGAUGCUGGAGUGGACCCUAAAGAGAUACCACUUCCUCAUGAGUUUAUUUUAAAUCGUGAGCUUUUAGCUCAACUUUAUCCCAGUUUCGCUAAGGGAUUGACCCCAUUUUUCACCCUGAAUUGGUCGGAAUAUUCAGAUUUUUUGACUUUUCGCGGAGGACUCAACCCAGUAACGGGGGGUCUGUGGCUGACCGAUACUGCACACCACCAUUUGGCUAUUGCAGUUCUUUUUCUAAUCGCUGGUCAUAUGUAUAGAACCAAUUGGGUUAUUGGUCAUAACCUCAAGGAUAUUUUGGAAGCUCAUAAAGGUCCAUUUACAGGGGAAGGACAUAAAGGUCUUUACGAGAUCUUAACUACUUCAUGGCAUGCUCAAUUAGCUCUUAACCUAGCUAUGUUAGGGUCUUUAACUAUUGUCGUAGCUCACCAUAUGUAUUCUAUGCCUCCCUAUCCAUAUCUAGCUACUGACUAUGGUACCCAACUGUCUCUGUUCACGCACCAUAUGUGGAUUGGUGGAUUUCUCAUAGUUGGCGCUGCUGCACAUGCAGCUAUUUUUAUGGUAAGAGACUAUGAUCCGACUACUCAAUACAACAAUCUUUUAGACCGUGUUCUGAGACAUCGUGAUGCAAUCGUAUCACACCUCAACUGGGCAUGUAUUUUCUUAGGUUUCCAUAGUUUUGGUCUAUAUAUUCAUAAUGAUACUAUGAGUGCUUUAGGACGUCCUAAAGAUAUGUUUUCAGAUACUGCUAUACAAUUACAACCUAUCUUUGCUCAAUGGGUACAAAACACUCAUGCUUUAGCACCCAGUUUGACAGCUCCUGAUGCAACAGCAAGCACCAGCUUAACCUGGGGAGGCGGCGAUUUGGUAGCAGUAGGUGCCAAAGUGGCUUUGUUACCUAUUCCAUUAGGAACUGCGGAUUUUUUAGUACACCAUAUUCAUGCAUUUACUAUCCAUGUGACUGUAUUAAUAUUACUGAAAGGUGUUUUAUUUGCUCGCAGUUCUCGUUUAAUACCCGAUAAAGCGAAUCUUGGUUUUCGUUUUCCUUGCGAUGGGCCUGGUAGAGGAGGAACAUGUCAAGUAUCUGCCUGGGAUCAUGUCUUCCUAGGAUUAUUCUGGAUGUACAAUGCAAUUUCGGUAGUAAUAUUUCAUUUUAGUUGGAAAAUGCAGUCUGACGUUUGGGGUAGUAUAAGUGAUCAGGGAGUGGUAACUCAUAUUACAGGAGGAAACUUUGCACAGAGUUCCGUUACAAUUAACGGGUGGCUUCGUGACUUUCUAUGGGCACAAGCUUCUCAAGUAAUCCAAUCUUACGGUUCUUCAUUAUCUGCCUAUGGCCUUUUAUUCUUAGGUGCUCAUUUCGUUUGGGCAUUUAGUUUAAUGUUCCUAUUUAGUGGCCGUGGAUAUUGGCAAGAACUUAUUGAAUCUAUUGUUUGGGCUCAUAAUAAAUUAAAAGUUGCUCCUGCUAUCCAGCCAAGAGCCUUGAGUAUUGUCCAAGGACGUGCUGUAGGAGUAGCUCAUUACCUUCUGGGUGGAAUCGUCACAACAUGGGCGUUCUUCCUAGCAAGAAUUAUUGCAGUAGGAUAA